CUCUCCUCCCUCUCUCUCUCUCUUCAUCGUCUCUGCCUCUGACACUCUGCUCGAUGAACCACUAAAUCAACGCAAAAUUAAGGUUGAAAUGGAAACACGGAUGAUGGACACGUCAUCCCUCGAGAAGACUCCCCUCCUCGAUCGCACCGCCACCGGCGCUCCCUCCGCCCGCCUACUCGUCGCCGGCGUCCUCCUUAUCCUCCUCCUACUCCUCGGCCUUACCGCUUCCCCUCCCUCCAAAGCCACCUACCACUCCCUCUUCCUCUCCCUCGGCGACAACGCCACCGCCGCCCGCCACCUCCUCGCACUCACCCGCAGCCCCCACGUCGCCGGCACUCCGGCCAACGCCGAUGCCGCCUCCUAUGUCCGCUCCGCACUCUCCGCCGCCUCCUUCCCCGCCCACGUCGCCUCCUACGACGUCCUCCUCUCUUACCCCGUCCUCCGCUCCCUCGCUCUCUCCCCUUCACCGCCGCCCUCGUCCGUCCCCGCCACCGCCUUCCACCUCGUACAGGAGAUUUACCCUGGGGUCCCCUUCGCUGAUGCCGCCGCCGAGGCGCUCCCCGCCUUCCACGCCUACGCUCGCUCCGGCUCCGCCGCUGGCCCUGCCGUCUACGCCAACUACGGUCGCGUGGAGGACUUCGCCAACCUCAGGGCGAUGGGGGUGAACGUCACCGGGGCGGUGGUUCUAGCGAGGUACGGGAAGAUAUACCGGGGGGAAAUCGUAAGGAACGCGGCCGCCGUUGGGGCAGCCGCCGCGGUGGUGUACACCGAUUCCAAGGAUUACAGCGGCGAUCGCUGGUUCCCGGAUGGACCGGGGAUGCCGCCGAGUGGUGUCCAGGCGGGAAGCACGUACCGGGGAAUCGGGGAUCCGACGACGCCGGGAUGGCCAAGCUCUGCGGGUUGUGAGCGGCUGAGCGCGGCAGAGGUGGCGACGAGUGGUAUGACGCCGGGGAUUCCAUCGCUACCGGUCUCUGCGAGGGACGGCGAGGCGAUACAGAGGUCCAUCGGGGGACAGGCGGCACCUCAUGAUUGGCAGGGAGGCGAAGGGGCUCCCGUUUACCGGCUUGGUCCUGGUCCCGGGUUCCUCAACCUGACGUACAUUGGCAAUGAAACACUGGCAACAAUAGAGAACGUCUGUGCUAUGAUCGAAGGGGAAGACGAGCCCGACCGGUAUGUCAUUCUUGGUAAUCAUCGAGAUGCAUGGACAUUUGGAGCAGUCGAUCCAAACAGCGGAACUGCAGCUUUACUCGAGAUUGCUCAGAGGCUGGGGAAGCUACGAAAGAGAGGAUGGAGACCUCGGCGGACCAUUGUCUUUUGUAAUUGGGAUGCAGAAGAGUAUGGCUUGAUUGGAUCAACAGAAUGGGUUGAAGAGAACAAGGAAAUGCUAGCUUCAAGAGCUAUUGCUUAUUUGAAUGUUGACUGUGCAGCCGGAGGUCCUGGAUUCCAUGCAUCUACAACACCGCAGCUUGAUGAAAUAAUUAAACAAGCAACUAAAAAGGUUCAAGACCCAGAUAAUUUCUCUCAGAUGGUAUAUGAUUCAUGGGUUAACUCCAAUGAUUCUAAGCUCAUUGGGAGAUUAGGUGGUAGAGGAACAGACUUUGCAGCAUUCGUCCAACAUGUUGGAGUUCCUUCUGUAGACUUGUUUUUUGGAGGAGGAUACCCAGUUUACCAUUCGUUGUAUGAUGAUUUUGUAUGGAUGCAGAAAUUUGGAGACCCUUUAUUCCAUAGACAAGUGGCAGUGGCUAGCAUCUGGGGUCUUGUUGCUUUGAGGCUUGCAGAUGAUGAGUUCUUGCCUUUUAAUUACAUUUCCUAUGCUCUUGAGCUCCAGGGAAGCACAAAGACACUAGAAGACAAGGUAUUGGGGAUGCCUGUUACUUUCACUCCAUUGUACAGGUCAAUAGAGGAAUUGGAGAAGGCAGCUACUAAUAUAGACAAAGAGAAAAAGGCACUAGAACUGGAAGUCGGAUUAGUAGGACGCAGAAAGGAUCUGCUGAAAGUUCGAGAACUCAAUGACAGGCUGAUGAUGGCCGAACGGGCAUUUACAGAUCGGGAGGGGCUCUUUCACAGAGAAUGGUACAAGCAUUUGAUUUAUGGACCUUCAUUGCAUGACGAUUAUGGAUCAAAUUCAUUUCCUGGGAUCGAUGAUGCGAUCGAGAAGGCUAAGAGUUUGAACACUUCAGAUUCAUGGCGUUUUGUGCAGCAUGAAGUGUGGAGGGUUGCCAGGGUUGUCACCCAGGCAUCCCUAGUCCUUCAUGGAAAAUUCACGUGAAUCCCCGUGUUGUCAUUCUAUAAUUUCCUAUAUAUGCCAAGAAAAUGUUCAAUCCAGUUAUAUCUGAUAGCCCAAUACGAAAGACAAGAAAGGCCACAAAAAUUAAUGCUAGUGAUCGGUGGAAAUUAAGUACUACAGUGCUUUAGUUGGAUCUGAUCA